AUGGUUACGGGGAAGCCGACCCUUAAUGCCGCGCUUCUUUACACUCGCGAGAGCCGGGCGUUGCUUCACUUCCGGCUGUAUAGACCUGAGUCGUUUCCCGAAAGCCCUUGCUUCCGGAGUACCACACUUCCGGGCCCGGGUUCUCUUCCGCCUGCUGGGGUGAGUUCCAGGUUGAGCCCGGAUGCUGCGGGUGCUGCGUGGUCUGCGGGGCGUGGCGGUGAGUCCGGGGUCGGCGACCUAGCUGUUCUUCAGACACCUACGCCCCUAGGGGCCUGCGCUGCCGCCCGCCUCACCGCUUCUCUUUCCACCCGCCUCCUCGGUUCCUUUCCGCUGUCCUCUGCUCUUCACCCCAUCUCUCGCUCCCCUGCCCCACCGUCGGUUCCUGGGACCCAGGUGCACGCCUCUUGGCCUGCGUGGACGAGCACCUCCGGUCGAGCCUGUCACCCGUGCCUUCUCAGCACACCGACUGCAGAUGAAGGAGUACCCGAGUUGAGAGUCCCAGCGAUGGCUGCUCCCUGGAGGUGCGCCUUGUUGAUGAUCCUGGCGUCCCAGGUGGUGGCCCUGGUAAAAUGCUUGGAAGAGGACGACGUCCCGGAGGAGUGGCUCCUUCUGCACGUGGUCCAGGGCCAAAUAGGAGCCGGGAAUUACAGCUACUUGCGGUUAAACCACGAGGGCAAAAUCAUUCUCAGGAUGCAGAGCCUGAGAGGGGAUGCGGACCUGUACGUGUCCGACAGUACCCCGCACCCAAGCUUCGACGAGUACGAGCUACAGUCAGUCACUUGCGGCCAGGACGUGGUCUUUAUACCGGCGCACUUCCAGCGCCCGGUCGGGAUAGGAAUUUAUGGACACCCGUCUCACCAUGAGAGUGACUUUGAGAUGAGAGUAUAUUAUGACAGAACUGUGGAUCAGUACCCAUUUGGAGAGGCUGCCUAUGCCGCUGACCCAACAGAAGCAAGUCAGAACCAAGCUUAUGCUCCAGAGGAGACAGCCCAAGAGGAGUCAGUCCUCUGGACGAUAUUGAUUAGCAUUUUGAAAUUGGUGCUUGAAAUUCUCUUCUGAUCCUUUGAACUUGUGCUGCAGCACAAACCCUUAUCUGCACAGAGCGAUUACAGUUUGCUGUGAACCUUGCUACUUGACCUGGUGGAAUUCUGGUUACUUUUUUCUAGACUAGGAUGGAAAAAUAAAGCCAUAGUUUUGUUACCUCAGUUUACUCCCCAAGCAGGAAAAGCAGCAAGCACAGUAUUUUAGAGAUUAAAGUUCCUAUAAAAAGGGAGUCUGCUCAAGAAAGUGUUUAAAUACAUUUUUCGUUAGGUGAGCAAAAAGAUCGCAGUAACAGACUGUAUAAAACAGAUUAAACUUGAGUGCUGGUGCAGAUGAAGUUAAAAGGCUGAUGAAUAGAAUUUAUUCUAUAGACAUUCUAAAUGAAGUAUAGCACUUAGAGUUUUAAAGAGGUACUAAAGCCAGGUCAGAAAUGCAAUGACAGCUUCACUCUUCCCAGAGCCUCUGCACAGUAGGAAUAUGGUACCUGAAACCUAAGCAAGCUUUCCUGACAGGCAAGUAUUUACAAACUAUUGAUGUGCUGUUGACGAGAUCUUAGGCCAUUUGCUCUUUCCUCUGCUUGUGCUGAUUGGAGCUCUCUGGUUAUCUGGUAACUGUGGUACUACCUAAGCAGGUCAGGACAGAGUCAUAACAAAUGGUAACUAACUUUUCAGAUUCAAGAAGAAAUAUUUCAAAUUAAGUUGCUACCUCUUUCUGCUAAUCUGUGGGAAAAGGUGACACUAAGAAAUUAAAAUCUGGGGAAAUGAGCCAUUUCUCUGUGACUUUCUUUCAAGGGUGGGAGUUGGUAAUAAUGAAAUAAAUCAACUUGAAGAUGUUUAAGGUCAUAGUUAAUUUCAAAAAAGUUCUUUAUUGGCAUAAAAAGGAAAGUAUUGUAAAUAAAUUGGCACCAAAUAUCCCAAACAUGAGGGUCAAAAAACUAUUUUAUCCCUCUUUGCUGUUUUUCCCCCUUCUGCCCACUUUCCUGGGUGUUGGGGGAGCUCGCUGACAACAGUCACAAAUCCAGCGACCUAGGAGAAAAAUUGUUAGUUAAUAUGGAGUGGAAUUUUAAUUUUAUAGGAUUGAGCACAAACCAUCUAAACUCACUCCUGAGCUAUCUGUAGUGAUAACUCCUGGGGGGAUUUUUCAGUGGGGAGGGAGUACUGACUUCCUUAAGCCAAGGAAGAUAAUAUAAACAACCCUUAAUCGUGUAACCCAAUGCAGUGUGAACUAUUGCAUGGUGUAAAGAGUAAAGUGUGGACUAUUGCAUGGCCAAGAUAAGGAAAGGCACUGUAACAAUCAUUUGUACCUUUAAAAAAAUUACCAUUAUCCUUCUUAAAAUUAAAAUACCAUCAUGUUUUUAAAACCUCAACAACACAGUUCCUAAUGUAGAACUUUUUAAUGAAUCUGGCUUUUUAUGGCCUUUUUCUCCACUAUUCUAACAGCACCCUCUCUGUGGCACUUUAAAAACCUAUACCACAUACUUGAUAUGAAUUACUACAGAACCUUAAGUGCUGUAUUCAAGUUGCUUACUUUUAAAGGAUUUCCAUGAAAUGUAAGUUUUAUAGAGUACUAUACAGUGUUAACUAUGCAACUAAGUUCUUAAAAUUGCACAAUUACCUGUAUAAUGUUUUAAUAGAAUUGCUGUGAUUUACUAUUUGAUUCUGUGUCCAUUCUAAAAUUAUCUGGAAUUGUCAUGCUGCCUCACUUUAUAGAAAGAUGUCUUAGCAUAUAUAAAGACAGCAGUCACUUUGUUAAUAGAUAACCUUUAGAAAUAAAAGCAUCCAAACAGA